GCCCACCAGGCUCCUUAUAACUUUGUCAUUCGGUCUUGUACUUUAUUUUGCACAUCGCAAGUAUGCAAACAACUGAGAAAGAGCACGGAAACUUAAAUGAUUCUGGAAGUGAAGAAGCAGAAAACAGCGUGUCCAAGGAGGAUGGCACUCAUGUGGAGGUCAACGAGGAGAGCCCACCUCAAGGAGAAGAGCAAGAUGGAGGGCGGAUCUCCAAGCUGGAGAGAGACUUGUUGGCGUUGGUCAUCGACAUCCAAACUGAAGCUGAUGCCAAAGAAUCAAUGAGAAGGUCAGAAUUGGAGGAAGCCCGCAGGAUCAGGGCCGAGAUGCUGCACAAAGAAGCCAAGUCCAGCCAGGAGAAGUUUGAGGAGAUCACCGACAGGUGGUCGCUGGCUGAACAGACUAUGAUCCCUCAGGAUCUGCAAGAAACCUUGACCUGGCAACAGUUGUUAUGUGCAGAGGUCAUUGAGGACAAGAAGAAAUUCAUCAAAGAUCUGCAGCAGGAGUUGAAGAGUGAAGACGAUCGCUACGUGAAGGACUUGAGGAAGCAGGCAGAGGAGAUGGACACAAUGACCAAGCACUCGGAGGAGCUCAUCAGUACGCUGACACAGGCCUACAGGGAGGAACUAGCCCAGAUUGAGAGCGUGUACCAGCAGGAACAUGAGGUCUUGCUGACAAAAGAGCGCAGCGAAUGGGAGCGCUGCGUCAAGGAACUGUGGGACAAACAGCAAGCCAGGCUGACGGAGAGGAGGAGGGCCGUGGAGGAGUACGAAGCGAAAAUUCACAACCUGAUGAUGGAUCCCGAACACAAGUGCGACGCCAUGAGGGCGGAACACGAUGCAAAGUUUCAGGGCCUGGAGAGGGAACGUCAGCAGAUGCUGGCUGACAGCAUGAUCAGCAACAUACAGCACAUGCAACUCAAAGAUGGCCGAGAGUCAUGCAACUUGGCCCACAUGAAGAGCAGAAUCACCGGUCUGCAGACCGAGCUGAAAACCCUGAGGAGCAAAUACACGAGUCAGCAGAAAGAGUCGGAGAAGCGGAGCAGGCGCUUGUCGGACGACUACAAACGCAGCGUGGAGCAAUAUGAACGCAUUCAGCUGAGAAUCAAACACUUUGCCGUGGCUGACGCCAAGCAUUUUGAGGAAACAUGGCGGAUGCUGGACAAGGAGGUGAGGCAGCAGGCGGAGAAGGCCGUCCGCCUUGACUCGCUGAUAUGCAAGCAGCACCUUGGUCUUGCCUGGGAGAGACCUCAAGGAUCCUUGGCGACGCAGAGUGACGGCUCCUGUGGGAUGAGUGCAGAGAAGGAGGAGGAGAUCUCCAUGGAGACACUGAAGGAACUCAUGGAGAUGCUGUGCGAAGAGUUGGGCUUCCUUGUUGAGGACAAAGUCCAGCUGCUGUCUACUUUGGACAAGAAAGAAGAGAUGGUUGUGAAGCUGGAUGCUCUUUUUAGUGCUCUUGGUAUAGAAGAAGAGGACAUGCCCAAGUUGGCUGACUUCCUGCUAAAAGAGCAGCAGGAGGAGCCAGUUAAGGAUAUUCAUGCCAGGACACGAGGAGGGGCCACCAGUUCAUCAUCUAGUCUGACCUCUGACCUCAUCUAUCCUAGCCACAUCCUGCCUGCUCUGAAGAACUUCCUCAAGCAUCACAGCCGCUUCAGAAGGAGCUCAGACUGUGAGCAGCCUCGUUACUGGACUGCCGACAUGUGGGAUUCUUCAGCAGAUCAAACCCAUUGGGAGAGUCUGGCCAACAUCGUCCCCGAGGACAAACUCAAAGUGUGGGAUGCAGCUGAGAUUGUACUUAAAAAGCACAUGGCAGUCCUUACAGAGAUGUCAGAUUGCAUGCCUGAAAUCGAGGGUCUGGAACAGCAGAAUGCAGAACUCCGCAUGCUACUGCAACAAAACAACUCAUAAGUAUGUACAUUUGUCAUUAUUAUGAUCCAAAGGUGUUUGUUUUUAAGCUCUGAAGUAAAGAA